CCAGAAUGACCAGAAGGAAGCUACCCGGUUUGCUAUUUUCACUUGAACUGCGACUGCACGAGCAUUUUUGUAAACCGCUACACAGAAAACAGGUCAAGAUGCUUAGUUACCACGUGUUGUGACAUAUUCGAACUCCAGGGUGCAACUGUGCGCGGCGCACUUCUUGUAUUGAAGACUGCCCAAGUUGACCCAGCUUUAAUACUACACGAAUACGAAAGGCGGGCGAAAACGGGCGAUUCUGCGUCCAUUGGACAGUCCAUUGGAUCCCAUUUCCCCAGACUCCAUUUCCCCCAGACUCCAUUUCCUCGAUGAGGUGCUGGGACCUGUGUGACAAUGUGAUAAUCAGAUGAUUCCAAUAUGACAGAAAGCUUUCCAGCUUGCUAUUUGGACUUGGACAACGAAUGUGAAACCAUUGUCCUGUGUUACCUCGCACGAGGCUCUGUUAAGUGUUUGAUAAGCACUAUUGAGCAGCUGAUUGAACUCGACGGCGCAACUUUGCCAGGUGGAGGCUUUAAAAUUGGAACGGCCUUCGGGCUACGUGAGCAUGAAACGGGCGAAAGCUUCUCUUUUAAAGGCGAUGCUCAGGCUAUGGCAUGGGACUCUUACAGCGGCUCUGUGCUGGCCAUUGACGGCGAGUCCAUCGUGCGCCUGAUUCCACCCGCGGAAGGUGGCCUGGAUGCCGAGUGCGCAUGGACCGCUCGGGGGGGGGAAGAGGCUGCAUCAACAGCAGCGGCUGCACCGGCAGCAGCAGCUCCUGCGGCUGUGGGGGAGGCAGACGUUACGACUGUGCAGAUGGAGGGCUGGGGAGCAGCAUCCACCAUCCUCGGGGUGGCCCAUUUGCCACCCGGCAACGCUUGGGGCCCGGAGGAGUGCCUAACCUUUCAUACCCGAACCGCGGUGUACCGCCUUCCGCUCAGCGCAACCGCCUCCGGAGGCGGCGCGACGCCGCAGCUGCUGGCGGGGCAGGAGAGCGAGCGGGGCGCAGCGAGGGUCGAUGGCAGCGGUGCCGACGCCCGGUUCCAUCACCUCAGCAGUGCAGGCCUCCAGGUCAACGCAGACGGUCGGCUGUUGCUCCUUGACUUGGACUCAACAGCGGAUGUAACGCGCCUGCGCCUCGUUGCUCCUGGUGGAACUGUUAGCACGGUGACAGGCGUGGAGCUGGCUGGCCGGUGGGUAGACCUGGUAAUCCUGCCAAACGGCUACCUAGCUGCACGUGAAAUUGCACAAGUGCAGUCUGACGGGGACCUGGAUGAAGACGAAAUGGCAGAGCCGUACUGGGAGAGCAAGCGCGUUGCGGUGAUUGCGACCAGCUUCACACCACUGGCGCUUGUGGCAACAGCAGCAGCGGCGGGGCCGCCGCCGCGCAGCCUGCCCGCCGACCUGGGUGCGCUGGUGGAGGACGCGCAGCAACCUGGCGGCGGCGGCGCAGUAGCAGACCUGGUCAUUCGCGUGGGCGAGCGGCGCUUUCACUGCCACCGGGCCAUCCUGUCCGCGCGCUGCGACUACUUCAAGCACCGCCUGGCGGGCGACGCGUUCGAAGACGCGCGCGCGGCGGAGCUGGAGCUGCCGGACGCGGACCCCGACACCUUCGCGCUGCUGCUGCGCUGGUUGUACACGGGCGGCGCGGACAUUUUGCCUAAACAGGCGCGCGGCGUGGCUGAGCUGGCGGACCGGCUGCUCCUGCCUGAGCUGUGCGCCCGCGCGUUGGACGUGUUGUUCGCGUCAGUGGACGCCGGAAGCAUCGUGGACAGCCUGCUGUGGGCCGCGGGCUGCUGCGAGGCGCACGGUGGCGGCGGCGCUUUCGAUCAGCUGUUGCUGCGGCUGAAGCGCUGGUACGUCGAGCGGGCGGCGGAGGUGCGGGCCGCGGCGCGAGACAGCCUGCGGGCGCUGAUGACCCAGCAGCCUGACCUGAUGCUAGAGCUGAUGGAGGCGAGCGAGCAGCGGGCGGUGAAGCGGGCCCGGACCAAGUAGUUGAUGGCAGGCAGGCAGGCUAGCGGCGGGUGGCGGUAGGGCGCAGCGGGCGGCGGAUUGGAGCAGUCGGGAGCGUCACGCGGCCACAGUCUCAUGAAUAGCGUGGGUUUGCUACCCUGCUGGUUGUAUUUAAGCGGUGGUUGUACUUCAUCUCUGACAAAUGGGCGGCGAAGGCGGUGACCGCUCUACUUACGGGCUAGGACCGUACUGUGGAAUGCCCACGGAUGGUGUGGCGCGUGUGAGCGGCUUACUCAUAGACUGUCACAAUAGGGCUGCGUCCCUUGAUUCCAGUACCGUAGGAAAGACAUGUUUGGUGUGUGCGGUCGCAGCGGCAGCAGAACUCAGCAACGCACGGCAUACUUGUGCAGAAUAAUGCGAGGCUCUGAAGGAUGGCUGGUUUGGAGUGUGAAAGCUACGGUAUGGAUCAGACCAAAUGGGCAUGAGGCUGACAAGCAGAACAAGCAGCUUUUACACAGGCAGAAUUCAGCAGACUGCGAGGGCGUUAGGGAGUACAAGUGAGAACUUGGUGGCUCGUGAUGAUGGUACAUGGCUAGGCUGGCGCAGCUGUGUUCGUGGUACUGAGCUCCUGCCCAAUGCCUACUCCAUGGCAGGGCAGUUGCGGUCGCUGCUCAUGCUCACGCUUUUCCUUUUGCUCGUGCUAGCUUACUGGCCUCGGCUCUACAACGUCAUGUUCCCUUGUUUGCUUGUGUUGCGUUUCUUCAAGCACGUCGAUAUGCGUGUGCAGGUUGCUGUCCUCAAAUGCGAUGACAGCACCACACGCUGACUGCCGGUGGGAUGUUUCUCAGUCAACAUUCAAGCAUAACAUGCGGUGUUGCGUUGGGUACAAUGCUCGGAGGUAAUACCAGUUGUGUAGACUCCUGGUAGCGUUCCUAGGUACGAAGAUUUCGACUGACGAAGAUUCAGGGCGUCUUGACAGGCUGCGUUGCGGUAGGCUUGAGAGCGACGCACAACGCGUAGGGUAUGUGUGGGACUUACGCGUCAGUCCCACAUAACUUUAAGGGUAGCCCCAGCUCGUCAUCAAGUCCUUUUACGGCGUUCCUGCUACAGUAUGGCACGCCCCAGUGGUGCGGAACACGCCAGUGGCGCGCCUCGACUAUAAGUGCAACACGCCAACCCUGCGGUGUGUAAUUAAGACAUCAUCCUUUGAUUUACAGAUGUUUCUGUGUACUUAAUGCGCCUUUCCUGCCGGGACGGUAGUGUGUGGCACGGUGUGUCAUGCACUCCACAAUGGAACAUACUGUUGCGCUUUUGUGUAAGGUGUUGCGUCAGGUGGGAAGCUCGGAGAAUCGGAGGCAAUCGCAGUUGUGCAGACGUUGAGAAGCGUUUGAGGGACGAGGGCACAGGGUUUCUGGACAGGCUGCGUUGCGGUAUGCUUGAGAAUGACUGAAAGCGGAGGGUAUGGGACGCCACGCGGAACACCGGCGUGACCCGAGGCGGUUCCAAUAUGUUAACCUGGGAUGCGCACUUACGACGCCAUACUUGAUUUGCAGGUGUUCCUGUGUACGUAGGGCGCCUUUCCGGCUUUCCAUCAGGUCAAGUAAG